AUGUUGUCUCCCCUACCUCCUACGCUCAUACCGUUCCUUGGCCCGUACUUGCCCAAACAGCCACCUCGGGAAGGUCCGUUUGUCACGCUAACGUACGCACAAUCACUAGAUUCGAGAAUUGCAGCCUCUCCUGGUGUGCAGACCAAGAUUUCACAUUUGGAAACAAAGACCAUGACGCAUUAUAUUCGGUCGAAGCAUGAUUCCAUUUUGGUUGGAAUCGGUACAGUACUAGCUGACGACCCAAAAUUGAACUGUAGAUACGUUGGAAACGAGUCUAACUCUGGUGACUUUACAAGCUCCAUUCGGCCCGUAGUGUUGGACCCGCAUGGAAAGUGGCAAUACUCGAAGUCUUCCUUGAGCCAGAUCCAUCAAAAGGGGGAGGGAUUAGCACCAUAUAUAUUGAUAGACGAACACACCCAGGUGGCCCAAGCGGACGAAGAUGCAUUACUUGCUCAUGACGGGAGGCUCAUACGGCUUCCCUUCAAAGGAAUGCCUAGGCGAGAAUCCUGGAAGAUGAUCUUGGCUCUGUUGUAUGGACUUGGAAUAAAAUCAGUCAUGAUCGAAGGAGGUGCUCAAGUGAUUAAUGAUUUAUUAAGUGAGUCGGCUGACAUGAUUGACAGCUUGAUUGUCACUAUAGGUCCCGUGUUUUUGGGAAACCAAGGUGUAGAGGUCGCUCCUACGAAGGGCCUCACUUUGCAUGAGGUUGAGUGGUGGACUGGCACUCAAGACAGUGUUUUAUGUGCCAAACCAAAGGUGCGGGAGCCAUGA